AUGGCUAAAAAGAAAUCAAAUGCAUCUAAUGCUGCUAAAUUAUUAGAGUCUUCAGUAUCACCAAUUUUAGAAAUUAAUUAUGAAGAUCCAUUAUUCACUAUUGCUUCACAUCAAACUAAACCAAUCUUGUUUACGGGUCAAGCCACUGGUCAUGUUCAAUGUUUUUCGUAUAAUGGUGAUGACUUAGAAGAAUAUCAACUACUGAAACGUGAAGAAAUAACAAAUUUAGAGAAAGAAGCAUAUAAGAAUGGUAAGUCACCAAGUGUGAAUAAAUCAGUAUCUCAAAGUAAUAAAAAAUGGUGGACAAACAUAGCUAAUACAGGCAUCGAAAAUCCAAAUAUAAAAGUUGCUUGGAAGACUAAGCGUCAUAAAGGUUCAUGUCGAGAUGCGAUUUUUUCACCAUUGGAAGGUUCAAUUGGAGAACAUAUUUACACUUGUGGGUCAGAUAAUAUAAUAAAAAAAGCAUUGACUGAAACUGGUAAAGUGGCAGGUAAAGUCGAUACAAGUUCUGAAUCAAAGGAUAAACUGACUAAAUUGUGUCAUUCUACGACUCACCCUUUUUUAUUAGCAGGUACAGAAGAUGGUAAUUUAUUAGUCUACGAUAGUGCCAAUUUAAACUCAAAAAUUAAAUUUAACCUAUCCAAGGUCAACGACGAUUCUAUAAAUCAUAUUUUGGCUAUGCCUGGUACUUCCGCAUAUCAUUAUUUAACGCUAGGGUCAACUACAUUAUCACAUAUAGAUAUUCGAAAAGGUAUAAUUACUCAAUCGGACGAUCAAGAGGAUGAAUUAUUAUCCAUGUGUUAUACAACUGAUGAAAUUUCAGAAGGUAAAAAUGAUACUGUGCUUGUUUCUCACGGUGAGGGUAUAAUCACAAUGUGGAAAGAUUCGAAAAAUAAAUUAGCAGAUCAAUUAACCAGAAUUAAAAUAAAUAAAGAAGCUUCAAUUGAUUGUAUAAUUCCAACCAUGAAUCAUGAUGAUGAGGACUUGGCUAAUUCUGUAUGGUGUGGUGAUAGUGAAGGAUUAUUACAUAGGGUGAAUUUCAAAAAAGGGAAAAUUGUAGAAACUCGAGUUCAUUCUUCAAUCAUGGCUGGUAAGAAAGGUACUAUAGAUGAAGUUGGAAUGUUGGAUAUUGAUUAUAAUUAUAGGUUAAUAAGUGCAGGUAUGGAGAGUUUAAAAAUAUGGUCAAAUAAAAAUGUUCAAGAUGUUGAAAAUGAUGAAGAAAGUGAGGAUGAGAGUGACAGUAAUGAUGAAAUAGGUGAUUUAUCUACUGGUGAUGAUUCAAGUGAGUAUAAUUCUGAUGAAGAGAGUGAAAUUGACGGAGAAGAAAAUGAUGAAAGUGGUGAUGAUGAUGAUGAUGAAGAAGAAGAAGAAGAAGAAGAAGAAGAAGAAGAAGAAGUAACCAAAAUACCACAACGCAAGAUAAGACAAGAUAUAUUUAAGGUAUUAGCAAAACCAAAGAGGAAAACACUUGACAUUAAUAAACUAACCAAAAAGGAACAAACUGAAGAAGAAGAGCCAAAUAUUUCAGAAGAACCAGUCAAGAAGAAACAAAAAACAAAAGAAAAGGAAAUGACAGCUAAACAAUUAAGAAACUUACAGAAACAUGAGCAUGGUAUACGUAAAUUCGAUGAUCUAUAA